AUGGCGGGUGCAAAGGAAACAAAUGUCCCCUUUUCAAGGGAAUCGUUGGAACAGCUAUUGAAAAGAAGAUUUUUUUACGCACCUUCAUUUGAAAUUUAUGGUGGUGUUGCAGGAUUGUUCGAUUUCGGUCCACCAGGGUGUGCUUUCCAAAAUAAUAUAAUUGAUGCUUGGAGAAAACAUUUCAUUUUGGAGGAGGACAUGUUGGAAGUGGAAGCAACAAUGUUGACACCGUAUGAAGUUUUCAAGACCUCCGGUCAUGUGGACAGAUUCUCUGAUUGGAUGUGUAAGGAUUUGAAAAGUGGAGAAAUUUUCAGAGCGGAUCAUUUGGUUGAGGAGGUAUUGGAAUCAAGAUUAAAGGGAGACAAAUUAGCAAGAGGAGAGAACAUCAAGGAUGAGGAAGAGGAUGAUGAGAACAAAAAGAAGAGAAAGAAGAAGGUUAAGGAAAUCAAACACGUUAAAUUGGAUGAUAAAGUUGUCGAGGAGUACGAAAACGUUCUUGCUCAAAUUGAUGGAUAUUCUGGUCCAGAAUUGGGGGAGUUGAUUACAAAGUUUGAAAUUACCAAUCCCGGAACUGGAGGUAAAUUGGAACCACCAGUUGAAUUUAAUUUGAUGUUCGAUACUGCAAUUGGGCCAUCUGGAAAUUUGAAAGCAUAUUUGAGACCAGAGACUGCGCAAGGUCAAUUUUUAAAUUUCAGUAAGUUGUUGGAGUUCAACAACGACAAGAUGCCAUUCGCCUCUGCCUCUAUUGGAAAGUCUUUCCGUAAUGAAAUCGCACCAAGAGCUGGGUUGUUGAGAGUUCGUGAAUUUUUGAUGGCAGAAAUCGAACACUUUGUUGAUCCUGAAGAUAAGUCCCAUGCGAAAUUUGACGCAGUAAAGGACUUAAAAUUGAAAUUUUUGCCCAAAGGAGUUCAAGAAUCUGGUUCAAAUGAACUUAUAGAAAAGACUAUUGGAGAGGCAGUCGGUUCUGGUAUGGUUGACAAUGAAACAUUGGGUUAUUUCAUUGCUAGAAUCUAUUUGUUUUUGACCAAAAUUGGUACCGACCCUUCUAGAUUGAGAUUUAGACAGCACAUGUCAAACGAAAUGGCUCACUACGCAUCUGACUGCUGGGAUGCCGAAUUGGAAACUUCCUAUGGAUGGAUUGAGUGUGUCGGUUGUGCCGAUAGAUCAGCCUACGAUUUAUCUGUUCAUGCAGCAAGAACUGGCGAGAAACUUGUUGUUAGGCAACCAUUGGCUGAACCACGGGUUGUUGAAAAAUUUGAGAUUGAAAUCGCAAAGAAAAAGUUUGGACCAAGGUUUAGAAAAGAUGCUGGUGUUGUUGAAAAGUGGCUUGUUUCAAGGACUCAAUGUGAAUUAGAAGACUUGGGUAAAGAGUUGAAAAAGGACGGUAAAAUUAACGUUCAAAUCAAGGGUAUUGAAGGAAAUAUUGAGUUGGAUUCGGAUCUUAUUAGCAUCGAAAAGGUAAAGAGAACCGAACAUAUUAGAGAGUACAUUCCCAACGUUAUUGAACCCUCCUUUGGUAUCGGUCGUAUACUUUACUCAAUUUUUGAACAUCAAUUUUGGGCCAGAGGUGACGAUGCUGAAAGAGGUGUGUUGUCUCUUCCACCAAUUGUUGCACCAACCAAGGUGUUAUUGGUGCCAUUAUCUAACAGUGUCGAACUUCAACCGAUUGUAAAGAAAGUUUCAAAUGUUUUGAGAAAGGAAAAAAUCCCAUUCAAGGUUGAUGACUCUUCUGCAUCAAUUGGGAAGAGGUAUGCCAGAAAUGAUGAGUUGGGUACUCCUUUUGGUAUCACCAUUGAUUUCGAAUCAGUAAAAGACGAAUCAGUCACUUUGAGAGAAAGAGAUUCAACAAAACAGGUUAGAGGCUCGGUCAAAGACGUAAUUGAUGCCAUCAAGGAAAUCACCUACUCGGAAGUUUCAUGGGAUGAAGGAACUUCCAAACUUGAAGUUUUUGAAUCAUAG